AUGGCCACCGUCGCCCGGAAAUGUAGCGGAGUGGACUGCGCCAAUAAUGCAGGCUCCCUCCAAUGUCCCACCUGUCUGAAGAUGGGCACCGACAGCUACUUCUGCGGACAAGACUGUUUCAAGCGGAGUUGGAGUGAACACAAGACUAUUCAUAAGAAGAGUAAUUUCCUCACCAACCUAUUUCCUCCUAAGGUAGUUUCUGAACCUGAUCCAGCUACCGGCCACUACAACCCAUUUCCAACCUUCAACUUCGCCGGUCCUUUGCGCCCCCUAUACCCGCUCUCGGCCACCCGGACCGUUCCCAAGUCCAUCCCAUACCCCGAUUACGCACGAGAUGGCAUUCCUCGAUCGGAGCAGAAGCUGUUCGGCCAACACAGCAUCAAGAUUUUGAACAAGGAAGAGCAGGAGGGAAUGCGCAAAGUUUGCCGCCUGGCCCGUGAGGUCUUGGAUAUUGCAGCUCGUGCACUGAAACCCGGCGUGACGACUGACUAUAUCGAUGAGGUGGUCCACAAGGCUUGUGUUGAGCGCGACUCUUACCCUUCACCACUCAACUAUAUGCACUUCCCCAAGUCCGUGUGCACUUCAGUCAACGAGACCAUCUGUCACGGUAUCCCCGACCAACGGCCUCUGGAGGAUGGAGACAUCGUCAACAUCGAUGUUACCCUGUAUCACAAGGGAUUCCAUGGCGAUAUCAAUGAGACAUACUACGUGGGAGACAAGGCCCGCGCCAACCCCGAUGCGGUUCGAGUGGUGGAGACUGCCCGUGAAUGUCUAGACCAGUCUAUUGAUUUGGUCAAGCCUGGCAUGCUGUUCCGGGACCCAGGAAAUGUGAUUGAGAAGCUCGCCAAGUCUCGAAACUGUAGUGUUGUCAAAGCCUACUGUGGCCACGGUAUCAACCAGCUUUUCCACUGCGCGCCCAACGUGCCUCACUACGGCAAGAACAAGGCCGUCGGCACCGCGAAGCCCGGCAUGUGCUUCACAAUCGAGCCCAUGAUCAACAUCGGCACACAUCGGGAUCGUACCUGGCCUGAUGACUGGACCAGCACUACGGCUGACGGAUCUUUAUCGGCUCAGUUCGAGCACACUCUACUUGUGACGGAAGAUGGUGUAGAGGUUCUUACAGCCCGACUUGCCGAUUCUCCCGGUGGGCCCAUUCCAAUGCUCGCAUAA